GUAAUAAGUGAACUUUUAUCAAAGGCAGAAGAGCCUGUAUGUCAUUUACAAGGAGGACAUGAACUGCCUUUGCUUGCAAAAGAAGGUGAUGUAUCAAUUGGAGGAAUAUUUUCUUUUCAUGACAAUUUUAUAAGUGUCAAUCCAACAUUUAAAAAUAUGCCUGUAUCUCAAAAAUGCAAAGACAUAAACUUGAAACAAUUUCAGACUGGGGUUACUAUGAUUUUUGCGAUUGAAGAAAUUAAUAACAACACGCAUCUCCUUCCUGGUGUUUCUCUGGGUUAUAAAUUGUAUGAUGCCUGUGGCUCGGUACCUUUGGCAAUCCAAGCAGCACUGGCAUUAGUGAGUGAACAGAAAGAGGAUGUGUCUCCUUCGAUGAGCUGUACUAAAUCUUCUAUUGUUCAUGCUAUAAUCGGACAGUCUGGCUCCACACCGACCAUUGGCAUUGCGUCAACUCUUGGCCCUUUCCAAAUGCCUGUGAUUAGUCAUUCUGCAACAUGUUCAUGUCUCAGCAAUCGGAAAGAAUUCCCUACAUUUUUCAGAACAAUACCAAGUGAUUAUUAUCAAAGCAGAGCUCUGGCACAACUUGUCAAGCACUUUGGAUGGACUUGGGUUGGAACAAUAAGAAGUGACAAUGACUAUGGCAAUUAUGGUAUGGCUACAUUUGUUCAGGUUGCUCAGCAGGAGGGCAUUUGUAUUGAAUAUUAUGAAGCAAUUUACAGAUCUAAUCCAAGAGAGAAAUUUCUUAAAACAGUGGAGAUUAUAAAAAAGUCUACCUCAACUGUUAUCAUUGCUUUUUCAUCUUACAUCGAUAUGGAAUUUCUAAUGAAAGAGCUACUGCUUCAGAAUGUUACAGGCAGACAGUGGAUAGGAAGUGAAUCCUGGAUUUCAACUAAAACACUGGCGACAGAAUCUAGCUUUAGAGUUUUGGGUGGGUCCAUCGGCAUUACAAUUGAAAAUUUUCCUCUACCAGGUUUAAAAGAUUUUUUAGUGAAAAUGAAGCCAUCUGAUACACCUGGCAACACUGGCUUUAAUGAGCUUUGGGAAAAUGUUUUCAGUUGCACUUUUGCAACUAAAGAAAUAAACGCAACUAAAAACCUCUGCACUGAGCAAGAGAACCUGAGCGAAGUGAAAAAUCAGUAUACUGAUGUGUCAGAGCUGAGAAUACAGAAUAAUGUUUACAAGGCAGUGUAUGCUGUUGCUCAUGCACUGCACGAUCUUUUUCACUGCAAUGCAAGUCAAUCAUCUGAUAUCAAAUGUGUAAAGAUGAACCCAAUAGAACCAUGGCAGGUUCUACAGUACCUGAAAACAGUUAAUUUUACAACAAGAAAUGAAGAAAAUGUCUAUUUUGAUUACAAUGGAGAUCCCGCUGCAAAAUAUUCUCUAAUAAAUUGGCAAUUAACUGAAAAUCUUGCAACCAGAUUUGUAUCUGUUGGUCUAUACGAUGCAUCUCAGCCAGAAGGACAACAAUUCAUUAUGAGUAACAUGAAUAUCAUAUGGGCAGGUGGACAGAAUAAGGUUCCCAAAUCAGUGUGCAGUGAGAGCUGUCCUCCAGGCACUCGGAAGGCUGUUCAGAAAGGAAGACCUGUCUGCUGCUUUGAUUGUAUACCUUGUGCUGAUGGGGAGUUCAGCAACACAACAGAUUCCAUUGAUUGUAUUAAGUGUCCUAUGGAAUUUAUGUCUCAUGAACUAAGAGAUCAGUGCAUCUUGAAGGCAACAGAAUUCCUGUCAAGCAAUGAAACAAUGGGGAUCAUAUUAAUGAUAGUUUCACUGUUAGGGGCUUGUGUAACUAUUGCAAUAGCUAUCAUUUUCUUUUGUUACAAGGAUACCCCCAUUGUUAGAGCCAAUAAUUCUGAAUUAAGUUUUCUCCUCUUGUUCUCAUUAAUUCUUUGUUUCCUUUGUUCUCUUACAUUUAUCGGCCAGCCUUCUGGUUGGUCCUGUAUACUGCGUCACACAGCAUUUGGCAUCACGUUUGCUCAAUGCAUUUCUUGCGUUCUUGGAAAAACUAUAGUUGUUUUGAUGGCUUUUAGAGCAACUCUACCAGGUAGUAAUCUUAUGAAAUGGUUUGGGCCAGUGCAGCAGAGACUAAGCGUUUUUUUUUUUACUUUUGUGCAAGUCUUAAUAUGUGCAUUUUGGUUAAUUAUAUCGCCCCCAUUUCCUAUAAAGAAUAUGAAGUAUUACAAAGAGAAAAUUAUUUUGGAGUGUGAUGCUGGAUCAACUGUAGCUUUUUACUGUGUUCUUGGGUACAUUGGAUUUCUUUCUACAAUGUGCUUUGUGUUAGCUUUUUUGGCUCGAAAGCUGCCAGACAACUUUAAUGAAGCGAAAUUCAUCACAUUUAGCAUGCUUGUCUUCUGUGCUGUAUGGAUCACCUUCAUUCCUGCAUAUAUCAGUUCUCCUGGAAAAUAUACAGUAGCUGUAGAAAUAUUUGCUAUUUUAGCUUCCAGUUUUGGAUUGCUUUUUAGUAUAUUUAUACCAAAAUGCUAUGUCAUAUUGCUUAAACCUGAAAUCAAUACCAGAAAACACAUAAUGGGGAAAAUGCCUUCAAAACAUCUUUAA